UCUGGCCCCAUCAUCACCGCCGCCACCACCACCACGACCGUCGAAUUCGGUCAACCCUGGCGACGCAGUGACGCUGUCUUUGUGUACCAGCUGGAACCUCCGCCCACUCUGCAGGCUAUUGUGCGGCAGAAAAUUCGACAGUACUUCCCAGAUUCCAUGCUUGAUCACCUUGGUCUACCGCCGAGCAUUGUGACCUUCCUGCGCUUCAAGCCGUCGUUUGCCUGCUCGGGGUCCUGUCUGUCACGCUCAGAGAGCUCCACGCUGACAAUGCGCAGUUCCAGUCUGGAUCUCCUAUAG